GUGCCAUGGUCUGGUGUUUGUGGUGGACUCUUUAGUUGAUCACAAACACUUACCAAAAACCUCUGUUCUUCUCAGAGAUGUCUUCCUGCACCCCCAGGUGGCUGGGAAGCCUAUUCUUAUGCUACUUAACAAACAACACCACCACAUGGCCUUCGACAUAGACGAAAUGAUACAGUGGCUAUCAUUGGUUCCUCUGUUUAGAAAGUCUAAAUGCCCCUGCGUAAUGGUAGAAUGUUCUACCGAGCCGGACUGUCACAAGAUCUUGGGCGCAAGAAGGGCCGUCAAAUGUGGACUACGCAUGCAUUUGAAGAACAUUGCCCGGAACUAUGAGGUCCUCUGUGAGCGUGUGCAGCAGGACACAGAGAAACACAGGACCGUGGAGGAGCAGAUCAGAGGAGCAGAGAGACACGUGAAGAACUGCGAUGUUGCUGAGGGGUCCACGGUCAAAUUCGCAGCGACCACGAUGGUGGGGAACCAGAGAAGCAGGGAGGAUGGACGCAGGAGACCAGAGGAGGAGACACAUGAGUAUGGGCAACUCACACUCCCUGGCACCCCAAAGUCUGACCUUGUUGUUUCCCAAAGAUGCCCCAUAAUCAGGCGGACGACCAUUGACAUGGGAGGCGAUGAUGACGCACCAGAGGGUUCUGUGGACCGGAGCGUCCAGGUCACCCUGGCCCAGGAGGGAGACACACUCCUGGAGGGCGGGGGCUCCGAUGAGCCUCUGGAGUCCACCGAACGUCCCUGGCACGACUCGGCCAGGCUCAGGGACCUGGCGGAUGACCUGGAGGCCCUGUUCAGUGACCACCGCGAGCAGGUCCAAACUGAGGCUGGGGAGAGGAGCCGCUUGGACACGGUCAGCCCCUCUGACUUGGUCUACGGUUUGGCUGAGGAGUCAGUCCAGCGCCUGCUCCUCCACUUCCAGGACCCCCCCCGCGGCAGCACCCCCUCCACACCUUCCAACAGCACCUCGACACCGUCCAGCAGCACCUCCCGGGAUUCUUCAGAGGUCUACCGGCAGGAGCUGAGGCUCCUCUCCACCGCGAUGGUGGACCAGGCGAUGGACAACCUGUCUGGGAGCUCCCAGUCCACCAGCCCAGACCUGAGGGUGAAGAAGUCUGUGUCCUUCGCAGACGAACGCGAGGACUCUCUCGGUCAGGUGAAGCAGUCUGUGUCCUCCGCAAAUGAAUGGGAGGACCCCCCUCGUCAGGUGGCGACGGAGAAGAAGAGAAGCAAGAAGUUCAACUUCUCUCACCUUAGGAAACUUGGCGAGAAAUCCAAGAAGAAGAAGCCCGAGGCAGGUCACCCUGAGGACGACACACGCACGUCUGAGUAG